AUGCCUAAAAAGAGAGCAGCAUCUGGAGGAGCCUCCAAACGGAAUCAAAACAAUAAGAUUGACCAAUUACUUAUUGAAAUGUCAAAGAAUUAUACACCACCCCCACCAGAAGUUUUUGCCGAAGUUGAGGAUAGGUGGGUUCUUGUAAAAGUAAGAUUGAUGAAUUGGGACAAUAUGGGAUUUCAAAUUCGUGUUCGGGAAUCAACAAAUCUAUACACUAUUGAACAAAAAAUUAAGGAAAGACAUGGAGGAAGUGUAACUGGUGUUUCUUUUUGGAAAGAUAGUGUGGCUCCAGGAAAUGAAGUUGGAAAUCAACCAGGAGAUUUGAACAAUACUUUAAAAUCGAUAUUUAGAUUUAACCCUCAAUCAGGGCAUUAUGUGGGAGGAAAAAACAAUUCUGGACCAAAAAUUAAUUUACAGCAAGAGGACGAACCUGAAUUGCCACUUUCUUCAAGAUCUGUAGAUGCUAAGAAAAAGUUGAACCUUUUUGAAAAUGUAAUCACUGAAGAGUGUGACUAUGAAUGCUCCUUAUUUUAUGAUUUCACGCCCUAUGAGACGGAUUGCCCACUUUUACAAACCUCUCCAAGAUUGUCUGACGUAGUUAAGGAUGAUGAUUACAAAAAGAGAAAGGGUUCUUCUGUACUGUAA